AUGGAUUCAAAGAAGCCUAACAAGAUUAGAGAGAUUGUUAGGCUUCAACAGAUCCUCAAGAAGUGGAAAAAGCUUGCAAAUACACCAAAAAACAACUCUUCAUCAACCACCAAUACUACUACUACUACUACUACUACUACAACAAGCAGCAAAAGCAUCAACUUUCUCAAGAGAACACUCUCUCUUUCUGAAGUUAACAACAACUCAGCAAACGACGUCGUUCCGAAAGGGUUUUUAGCGGUUUGUGUUGGUAGAGAGUUGAAGAGAUUUGUGAUCCCAACUGAGUAUUUAGGGCAUCAAGCAUUUGGGAUUCUGCUCCGAGAAGCCGAGGAAGAAUUCGGGUUCCAACAAGAAGGUGUGUUGAAAAUCCCAUGUGACGUUUCUGUGUUUGAGAAGAUAUUGAAGCUUGUUGAAGAGAAAAAAGAUGUCUUGGUGUUCUUGAAUGAGCUAGGGUUUCAUGUUAUAGACAAUAAGGAGAUGAUGGGUGGUGGCGGUUGUUGUUGUGAAGCACCACCCUCUCCUCACCCACAAAUGUGUAGAUGACAUUUCAUUUUUGCUUCUUUGAUAAGGUCCCAA